AUGAGAACAUCAGCAGGCUCGGGUGACGACAGUCCUCAACUACAGAAACACAAAGAGCAAGUGUCCGGAAUCUCGAAACAGAUCGCUCAGUUCAACGCCUCGCACACGCCAUUCCGAAUCUUCCACGGCACCACCAACUCGACUCGACCCAGUGUUCGCACCAAAACAGGCACCGUCGACAUCUCGUCCCUCAACAGAGUCCUAUUCGUCGACACAUCAACGAGGAGAUGCCUCGUCGAGCCUAAUGUGCCCAUGGACGCCCUGGUCGCCGCGACACUCCCUCACGGGCUGGUUCCGCCUGUCGUCCCCGAGUUUCCCGGCAUAACGGUCGGAGGCGCCGUGGCUGGAACGGCCGGGGAGAGCAGCAGUUUCAGACACGGCUUCUUCGACAAGUCCAUAACGUGGGCCGAGGUCGUCUUAGCCGACGGCGAAGUCGUCGUCGCCUCCAAGGAGCAGAAUGAAGAUUUGUUCUCAGGGCUGGCCGGGACCUUUGGGACCUUGGGCGUAGCUACGCUCUUCGAGAUGACCCUCAUCCCGGCGAAGGAGUACGUCGAGUUGUCUUAUAUCCCCGUCGCGUCGAUCGAGGAUGCACAGGAGGUGAUCCGCGAGGUGUCUGAAGGCGACGAGAUGGACUUUUUGGAUGGAAUCAUGUUUGCUCCGGACAAAGGCGUCGUCAUGGCGGGGAAGUUCGCCGAUAAAGUCACCACCAACACUACUACUACUACCGACGCCACCCUCCCGAUAGUCACGUUCAGUGGAGCAUGGGACCAGUGGUUUUACCUUCACGCCGAACAGAUGUUGCGCGACGACUCGUCUCGGUCGAAAGGCGAGGCGGGCGCAACGACAGCAGCAGAGACAGCGGUCCACCGCGACCUCAUCCCGCUGACAGACUACCUUUUCCGCUACGACCGCGGGGCGUUCUGGACGGGACGGUUCGCAUUCACGUACUUCCUGACGCCGUUCACGCGGGUGUCGCGGUGGCUGCUGGACCGCUACAUGCACACGCGGGUCAUGUACCACGCGCUGCACCGGUCCGGGCUCAUGCAGCGCUUCAUCGUCCAGGACAUGGCGCUGCCGAACAAGAACAUCCCGCGCUUCUCGCGCUGGCUGGACGCCGAGCUGCCGCACAUCUACCCGCGCUGGCUGUGUCCGCUCCGGACCCACGAGACCGUCAGCAUGCACCCUCACCUCGCGCCCGCCGCCGAUUCCCACGACGACGUGCUGCUGAACAUUGGCGUCUGGGGUCCCACGCCCCCCGGAGCGCGCCAGGUCGCGGUCAACCGACGCAUCGAGGCCGUGCUCGGCUCCCUGCACGGCAUGAAGUGGUUGUACGCCCAGACCUUUUACACCGAGGACGAGUUCUGGCGCAUCUACGACCGUCCGUGGUACGACGCGUUGCGGAAAAAGUACCGUGCGGAAAACUUGCCCAGCGUCUAUGAGAAAGUUAGGACAAAGUUUGACGACACCGGCUCCAGAACCGACAAACCCGACAAAACCGACGGUACAGAGAACGACGACGGCGGCGGCGGCGGCGGCGGCAACCAUCCUGCUGACGACACCGACAUCAGAAUCGGUGUCGAAAAGGGCUUUUGGAGCGUGUGGCCCUUUGCAGGCAUCUAUGGUGUCUUGAGCGCCAUUAAGGGCGGUGACUAUUUGAGAAAGAAUGCCUGA